UUGGUUCUGACGGUAGAUUGAGAGCCAUGAGGAUUACUUGGUCUCUGGUCGCGGCGGCGUCGCUGACGGCGCUGGCUUGCCUGGCUUCGGCCUCUCCCGGCGGAGGCUACGGGGGCAGAGGCAGCGGCGGAGGCCACGGAGGAGGCUUUGGCUUCGGAGGCCGACCUGCCGGGGGCUUCGGAGGCUUCGGAGGAGGCUUCGGUGGCGCUGCAGGAGGUUUCAGUAGUUUCAGCGGAGGUUUCAGCAGUUCUAGCGGAGGCUUCGGAAGCAGUCACGGCGGCGCCGGCGGAGGUUUCGGGGGUUCGAAUACAGGGUUCGGGGGUUCCAGCGGAGGCGUGGGGGGUUCUAAUGCGGGUUUCGGCGGAAGCACCGGAGGUUUCGGCGGCAACGCGGGUGGCUUCGGCGGUUCUCAGGGAGGUUUCGGCGGUUCGAGCGGCGGCCACGGAGGCUCAAACGCAGGAUUCGGCGGAAGCACCGGAGGUUUCGGUGGCAACACUGGAGGUUUCGGCGGUUCGAGUGGCGGCCACGGAGGUUCAAACGCAGGAUUCGGCGGAAACACCGGAGGUUUCGGCGGCUCUCAAGGAAAUUUCGGCAGUUCCGCUGGAGGCUUCAGCGCUUCAAGUGGAGGUUUCAGCAGCGCCAGCGGAGGUUUCGCCAGUGCCAGUGGAGGCUUCAGUAGCUCGAGCGGAGGUUUCGGCAGCUCGAGCGGAGGCUUCGGUGGCGCCAGCGGAGGUGGAAGCGGCGGCAAUGUGGGGGCUUCACCAAGUGGCAGCGGAAGUGUGCCCAUUCCCGCAGUCAUCGGAAGCCCGGUUAGCAACGGCGUGAACGUGGGAUACCAAGUCCCCCACGCGUAACCAGACAUGUACUGAAACCAUAUGCUGUGAGGAGGAGGAGCAUGUUAGCAAACGUUUCUCAGACUAAAACCACCUUUGUUUUUCUUUUGUUUUCUUUUGAGCGAAGCAUGAAACUCUAUGAUGUUUUAUUUGGAAACGUUAUAUGUCAGUGCAUAUACUUUUUUUUUUCUAAUUAUGUUUAUAAUCUGCCUGGGAGACACAUACGCAAACAAACAUUUUGAAUGCUAAUGAAACGUUUUCCUUGGAAGACACAGGACACAAUAACAAACGUUUUUCAAUUCACAUGGACUGCUUUAACCUUUUAUCCACAAGCAUAACAUGUAAUAAUGUAUUUCAUUAUUCUUUAUAUAUGUAUUUUUUUUUUUUUUUUUUUUAAGCAACCAGAAUCUACCUGGAAAUAUACAUGUAAACAAAUGUUUUUUAGCUCAUGAACAUUUCAUUAACUGUUAUAGAUAACACUAGCUACGAUCUCUAUUUAUUGUUUCCUCUGUAACUGUAACUGGUGUUUGUAUCUGCUUAAUUACAAUAAAUUAUUGAUGUAAC